GAACCGUUGCGUGAGAAAUUUGGUAAAAAUGCCAGCUGACGCAGAUAAGAGAGACCAAGACCUCAAUGAAAGAAUCGAGACAUUCAUAGAUGAUCUUAAACAAGGGACAAUACAAGGUUCCUUCAAUGUUGCCUACAAAACAGUGUCUUUAAUGGUGAGAAUAAUAUCACAGACAAAAUGGAUGAAUGCAAAUGGACUGAAAGGCAGGUCUGAAGAAGGUGAUCCUCAGGAAUCAUUACAUAAAUUAUUGACAGCAGAAGGACAGAUUGAUGAUUUUACACAUCCUGUAAGAGAUCUGAAGGCUACAGUGAUAGAGGCAACUACAGAACUGAAAACUGAGCUAGAAACAAGUGGUGAUAAUAUAGCAACACAGUCUUUAGAACACAUUCAUUCUAACGAGGUUAUUAUGACAGCUGGGAAGUCUAAAACUGUAGAAUCAUUUUUAAAGGAUGCUGCACGCAAAAGAAAGUUUCAGGUCAUAGUUGUAGAAUGUGCACCAUUCUACCAUGGUCAAGAGUUUGCAGUUAGCCUGGCAAAGUCAGGUAUAGAGACAACAGUUAUCAAUGAUUCUGCUGUGUUUGCUAUAAUGUCAAGGGUCAACAAAGUGAUCAUAGGAACGCAUACAGUGAUGGCAAAUGGAGGAUUGAAGGCAAUAAAUGGAAGUCAUGCAAUAGCUUUGGCUGCAAAACAUUAUUCUGUGCCUCUGGUUGUGUGUGCAGCUGUUUUCAAGUUAUCCCCAGAAUUUCUUUGUUCAGAAGAUCAGGAAGCCUUUAACAAGUUUGAGAGCCCAGAACAUGUAAUGAAGUUCUCGGAGGGUAAAAUUCUCUCUAAAGUGCAGAUACAUAACCCUAUAUUUGACUAUGUGCCACCAGAGCUUGUGACAAUGUAUAUAUUCAACAUUGGUGGAACUGCCCCUUCGUAUGUGUAUCGACUGCUUAGUGAAUUCUACCAUCCAGAUGACCACUUAUUAUGAACAAUAGACUAUUAUUGCAGUGUGUCUAUAACUGCAUACCACAAGUGCGAGGAUGUAGAAAAAGUGCUUGGAAUAGACAUGAUUUUGGAAGAAUGAAUAAGACAUGCAUAUGAAGUUGGCUUUGUUGUUAUUUAACACAAGUAUAAUGAAACUGGAGCUCUUAAAAUAAGAACAGUUUGCACCAAAUAAAUCAAGAUCUUAUAAUACAUCUAGAACUAACAAGCAGCUGUUAGUUAUUCCUAUGUUUGGGUAUUGAGCAUGUCCAGGUGACAUAUUUAUUUACUGUUUGAUCCACACUUUCAAUAACAAGGAUUUUGUUAGGGUUUUUUCAAGUUGUAAAUUUUAGUCACAGAAUAUUUGAAAUAUUUGAAUUUUGUCUAUUUCUUGUUGGAUUGUUAAAACAACAUGACAGUAAUAUUUUCAUGUAAAAUAGCAGAUUAACAGUUUUUGCAGAAGUUUUCAUGGGACAGAAUUUUCAUUGGCAGAAAUGCAUUUUUGGCUAUAAAAAUGACAUUAAAAGAAAUAUCUUCAAAGUUAAAAAAAACCCACUCGCAGAGAUCUUAUUAAUGAUUAUAAAUUAUAUAGAAUUGGGUAGUGCAAAAUAAAGCUAAAACUCAUGAGAAGCAGUGUUAUGGAUUUGGUGGUUAAAACAGUAGUUCAUCUGUGCUGGGUUAUACAAACCAGCUUUACAUUUAGGAGCUUAAUGUGAACAUUAUGAUCAAAGUUUGCAUAAAACAAUUUUUGGUUAUUGUGAGAUCUUUAAUUUCUUAGGCUUAACCUUUACCCUGCUAAAUUUCUAAAAUGGACUGGUCUGUCAUUCAAUUAGGGCAGUACCAUUUGUUAUUUGAAGGGGGUUCACUGAAAAUUUACAGUCUGAAUAGUGAACAGUGCAGACCAUGAACAGCCUGCACGGAUGUGCAGGCUGAUCUUGGGCUGCACUGGUCGCAAAGGCAAAAUGACUUGCCUCCAGCAGGCUAAAAUUUAAUUAAUACUAUGUUGUUGAACAGCUGUUUUGUGAGGAGAAGACUGUCUUUAUUUCAAAUUAUAAAUAUCAAAUAAAUUUUGUAAAUGUGAA